ACCUCAGCAUGAAUCCGACGACGGAGCUUCGGAGGAUUCCGCGUGCUCGCCCAAAUCCUCCGCCAUGAUUGCCAGCGAAUACCAGUGGCCAACCCUCUCCAUCCGCGAUGAGAUGGCCGAGUUCUGGGACGGCUGGCCCGAGGUUAUUGCCCGUACCAGAACUCGAGGCUUCAUCAGAGCCACCCCGGAUCUCCUGCUAGCUGCCUUUGCGACUGCCGGCAUGUUUCUCUUCCUUGUAUUUGUAAAAAUCUAUGGCAUCGCCCGUUUUGUCUGGCUACGCAUUGUCCCAUGGGGCCCAUAUCACCGAGCCCGCCGAGAGCGCAAACGACGUGAUGAUGGCUUCCGAACCAUGUUCCUCAAACCCGCCGCCAAACGACUCUCGCGACAUCCUCUCACGCGGCCGCCCUCGCGCACCGCUGUUUCCGACCCACACGAAAAUAAACGAGAUCUGUUCUUUAGUCUUCCCGCCGAGAUCCGGCAUUCCAUUCAGCUGUGGGCCUUCGGCGAGCGCACAGUUCAUAUGGACUUGCGCUUUGAACGGCCUUUGAAUCUAGUUGACGAGAAGCCGUAUCAUUCGUGGGCAAUCCAUGCAAAAAUACACUCCAAAACUCUCUCCGUCAACUCUCACCUAGACACUUCCAAGGAGAUGAGAUGGAGGUGGUUCAGCUGCGUGUGCCAUCGGUACCCGCCCGAGGGUACGCAUUUGCCACUGGGGAGAAGACGAAACUAUCCUUGGGGACAUUUUCGGGAGCCAGACAUCGAUCACUGUCUUCUGGGUUCUGGGCUGUGCAAGGAAUGGCCUGGUGAGUGGCCGAUGAAGUGUCAGAUCGGCAUUAUGGGGUGGCUGUUAUCAUGUCGAAAUGCUUACGUGGAGGGCACGCAUAUUUUGUACAGCACCAACACUAUUCACAUCGCGUCUCCUGCCCUCCUCCGCAGUCUCCAGGACGUCAUUCCCGAGCAGAGAGUUUCAGAAAUGACAUCCCUUGAACUUGUGUGGAAGCCAAAGCAAUUGCCGCUUAAUCUGGCUUUCACCAGCCAACGCAAGCCCAGUUCACAAUCUGAACUUACUUCGACAGGACCCGUUUUUCCGGCACUCGUCUACCUGCGCAUCACAUUUAAGAGACUGGUCUAUGGCGAUAUGGAUGAGGCCACUGGGCUCAUCUGGCCUUAUGAGAGAAAAACUGUCCUCGCGGAAAAAAUACAUAACCACCUCCUCCCUACUAUCGACCGUCUUCUCGACAGGAUCGUGCCACCUACCACAGAAGUCACAAUAUCAUGCUCUAAAUGGGACUGGUAUGAGGCGAUUGACCUCAAACUCAUUGAAACGCAAGGGAUAGAAAAAACUAAACCGGGGAGGGCAGAUAUCGAGGGAUUGAGGUGUUGGAGGGAGAUACCCAGAAAAAGCUUGGAUCGAGAUGCAACAGAAGCGACGCCGACCACUUCUGAUGAGGCCCAGGAAGGAGGGUCUGCAACGAAGAGUCUUCGAGAAGGCUACUGGAUUCACAUGCCUAUCGAAGAUGUGCAUCUCGACCGAGGAAUAGAAUAUGACUGGCACCGGCAUGAGUUGUACAACCUUGGGGAAAAGCGAUAUCGAUAUUGUUGAAAUAAUAGCAAGGUGUGAGAGCCCUGGUACAUUUUAUACUCCAUAUAAAGGCCAAAACGAAAUGCUAGCAAUAUUGGAAUUUAGACAUACAGGUAGGCAUCACAUUAAACCAUUUGUCCAGACAGGAAACAAAAUGAGCGCUGACCUGGCUUGGAUUUUUG